AUGGGCGCAAAUAAAUCACUACGGAGCGAUGAAUGCAAAGAAGUGCUUGUUGAGGCACUUGAGUUGCAUAUCAAAAAUCACGGGUUUGAUAAGCAGAUUAAUGAGUUUCUUGACAAUGCAGUUUAUGCAAAGAUGCAUGAUGCGAUAAACAUAAACGAAGUAUUUGAAAUGCUGCAUAAGUUUGUUGUUGAUAAUCUACCACCUGAUAUACAGCAGGGAUUCUAUUGUGAUGUGAAGAAUUUUAUAAGCGAAAACGUAACGACUGACGAGUGA